AUUUGAGAUUCAAGCCCAAGAUAAUAAUCCAGCUAUAAAAGAAGGUGCUUGACCAGACAGCCGUCGAUCCAGCCAGUUGGAGAGCCGCAAUAAUGAAGUGUCUGACAUUGUUAAUGCUUUUGGUCUUGGCCACAUUGGCCUAUGUGCAAGCCGGCAAGGUGAGCAUCAAGGGUGAGUGUAUCAAUUGCAACGAACAUCCCACUACCACAACCACACGGAAACCCACUCCUGCCCGAGGACAUGGCGGCAAGACAACGCCCAAGCCCAGAUCGAAAGCUUCACCAGCCCGGAAAGAUUCCGAUUCGGAUGAGGAUGAUGAUGAUCUAUCCGGAUGGUCAUUGCAUCAAUCCGCUGGCGGAGCUCAGUACAUCGGGCGGCACAAGCGUCAGUGGGGCGGUGGGAGGGGCGGAAGUGAACAAUAUAUCGGUGGUUGGACAGGAAAUGGUCCCAUUACCACCAUCGACUCCCGUGGCACCCCCGAUACAUUUGUCCGCAACAGCGAUUGCGUCGGCUGCAACAUUCGGGGUUGAGGUUCUGACACUCGGAAUAAUAAAAUUAAAAAGUUGGAAAAAAUAACCUUAA